AUGAUCACAGACAACCUCGUCGCUCCAUUCCCGUUGACGCUGGUCAUCUUUUGCCUGGGGUUUUCCAGCACGCUCGGAAUGGACGACUUCCUCGUCGUCUUCAGUGCAGGCGUCAAGUACGCGCAUCAGAUACGGCUCGAAGAAGCCAGUGGUGUGGAUCCUGUCAUUGCAGCCUUUGUCAACAUCAGCCUAAGCCUGAUGACGUUUGCCUACUUUGGUGCGAUUGUCCCCUGGUCUGAUCUGACGAAUAACCCGAGAUUAGGACCGUGGAGGAUGAUCGCCUUUGUGCUUAUUGUCCGACUAUCGCGCCGACUCCCCUUCGUGGUUGCGCUGCAGAGGUGGAUUCCUGAUAUCUGGACCUAUAAGGAAGCGCUCUUUUCCGGGCAUUUCGGCCCUAUAGGCGUCGGUGCUCUCUUCCUGGCUGUGGAAGCUAGAGCCAGGAUUAAAACAGGCCUUUCGUCUGAGACGACACGGCUGCGGAGCGACCACGUAGAUGAUGAUGCCCCUCAAGCGUUAGAGCUGGUUUGGCCUAUUGUUUGCUUCACAGUGUUGGCCUCCGUUGCGGUGCAUGGGUUGAGUAUGAGUAUCGCGAAGGUGACCACGGCGGUGAUGCGGCCGAGAAGGAAAAUAAAGCAGGUGGACUGGGACAUUCCUCAGACACAAUCCGACGACCAGUGCCAGCUACCGUACAGUGAUGAUGAGGAGAGCCAGUUCAGGCAACAGAGAGAAGCCCUACUGUGA